UUUCACGUAUGUACCUAAUACCUUGACAUUCACAUCGUCUUAUUUCAAAUUACAAAUGUUGCUUAAACGUGUUACCGGAAUUUCCAUAUGAUUAAGACGUGAUAUUACGAUUCUUUAACAUACAGAUAUAGCAUUAAGCUCUCAGAUCCUUGGGUUUGUUCUAUAAAUUAAUCGUUUGCACCCAACCGCCAGCCAUAAAUAAGCGCUGCCCAAAUCCCAUACCACGACUUAUCCUCCAAUCCUGCCGAGUAACACCAAUCACUAUCGAGAUUGUACGUCCAAGUAAUCAUGGCUUUCACAAUGCAUUCCCACUCGGGCCAGUUCUGCCCUGGCCAUGCAAAAGAUCAGCUUGAAGACAUCGUCAAGCACGCUAUCGGUCUCGGUUACACCACCCUCGGGCUUACAGAACACAUGCCGCGGACCGCGCUUGAGGAUCUAUACCCCGAGGAACUUGACAACCCCGAAGGCUCCCUCGCAGAGCUCUUUCCGCGGCACGAGGCAUACCUCCUAGAGGCCCAACGCUUGCAGAUCAAGUACGCUUCUCAGAUCCAUAUCGUGAUCGGCUUCGAGGGCGAGUGGCCGCGGCCCGCCUACGCGUCCAUUGUGACGCAGCUUGCUUCUCACCCUAGCAUCGAUUAUUUCGUCGGUAGCCUGCACCACAUUGACGGGAUUCCUAUCGACUACGAUGCCUCGUACUAUGCGCGGGCCAUCGCCUCUGCCGGAGGGUCUGAGGAGCUGGCCGCAGAGCGGUAUUAUGAUCAGCAGCACGCCAUGCUCAUAGCUCUCCACCCGCGCAUCGUCGGCCACUUCGACCUCGUUCGCCUUCUAUCCUCGGAGCCGGGACGCGACAUGCGGACGACUUGGCCGGGAGUCUGGGACCGGGUGUGCCGUAACCUGCGGGUUGUAGCCGAGUACGGCGGGUGGCUAGAGUGCAAUAGCAGUGCUUUACGCAAGGGGCUUGCAGAGCCGUACCCGGCACGACCAAUCGCUGAGGAAUGGCUGCGAUUAGGGGGGCGGUUCACGCUCUCGGACGACAGCCACGGCAUCGCACAGGUAGGCACUAACUACGGUCGCGCGCUUGAAUACCUAGCUAAUCUAGGCGUAACCAAUUUAUGGACCCUACGGCGGGAGCCUCACCCGGGACUCUCGGCCAAGGGCGAGAAGGUUAAGUUAGUGGAAGUGGAAGUCCCGCUGGAGAGUAUCAGGGCCGUAGUAAGCAAGUGGUGAUCGGCUAGGAUCAAAUAUGACUAAAAGAGCCGGGAGAAAAUACAUAUUUAUUUAAAAGGGCCAAGUUACAUCUGCGGGAUUCGUGAGGUCUAAGAAGGUAAAAACGGCCCGGAGAAAAGGGGGUCAACUGGUCGGUCGUCUAUAUACCCAUUAAUAAAGAUAUAAUAAAGGUAAAGCAAAAUCUAGACUAGUUUCCUAAUAGAUUUUUUGUUCCGAUCUUA